AUGAGAGCAAGAUGCAGUAUGAUAUGGACAGUCUUCCUGGUAACUCAUUGUUUAGCAUAUCAGAUCAAUUCUAGUCUUUAUGAUUCACCACUAAUGCAAGCUUACCAAGACUAUCUUAAAGCUUAUCAACAAAAAGCAUCUCUUUAUGCGAUUACAAAAGAUAAAUACAACAAAAUUAAUUUAAUUAUUUAUAACACUGAAACCCAAGAAGAAGUCAAAAACUUGGAGACUGUGAGACCACUAGACUCGAGCACUUGCAUAACUCAACUUCCAAAUGGCAAGCUAUUCUGUUUUGGCGGAAGUGAUUAUUUUCCACCUUCUGGAAUUACAGUGCUGAUUGAUUCGGAUGGUGGAAUCGAUUGGCUACCAUCUGGAACUCCUUGCUUAUACUCAUCAUGUAUUUAUUCCAACAGCAGCAUCUAUUGCUUUGGAGGAUAUAAUCAAGGUUAUUUAACUCUAUCUAGUAGAUUUGAUUUGGAUCGAAAUCGAUGAAUUCAAUUAACUCCGAUGCCGCAAGCUGACUCUGAAUGCCAUACUAUAGUAUUUAAUGGAAACAUUUUGAUUUCUGGAAUUAAAAAUAGAAAUCUUUGGUUAUACUCAAUUGAUAUUGACUCUUUCUCGACGAUUCCUUAUGAAUUUGUAUAUGGUAAAAGAAAGAUCCUGAUAAAUGCAGAUAGAUUAUAUUUGAUUGAAUGUCCUUAUGGAUCAAUCUAUGAAAGCGAUAUUGGAAGUUGCAUGAAUUGGUGACGAGUAGGAAAAUCAACAAUUAAUUGCAAUCCUCUUCAAGUUUAUUGUUCAUAUAAUAAAGGAGGAAUAUACAUCUCAACUGUUUCUAAAUCGAGCAGAGAAUAUUAUUUUUUUAAUUUAGAUCAAAAAGUCAUUAUUGAUGUUACUUACUGUAAUAAGCAUGUCUGACUUAGAAGAGCAGGUAAAACAAUUGAAGCAAGAAAAUGCAAUAACCAGAGUUUUAAGCUCGAACCUUAUUAUUUAGAUGAAUGAAGUCUAACAGGCAAUACUCUAAAGGCUUUAGGAGAAAAUCUAGAAGCAAUCGAAUGCUGUAACGAAUCAAUCAAAAUCAAUCCAAAGAAUGCUGGUUUUUAUGAAAACAAAGGCGAUGCUUUUUAUCAUUUAGGAAGAUAUCUAGAAGCAAUCCAAUGCUAUGACGAAGCAAUCAAAAUCAAUCCAAAUAACGCAUUGUUUUACAAUAAAAAAGGCAACUCUUUUUAUGAUUUAGAAAGAUAUCUAGAUGCAAUCGAAUGCUAUGACCAAGCAAUCAAACUCAACCCAAAAAAUGUCUUUUUUUACAAUAAAAAAGGCAACGCUUUUUAUUAUUUAGGAAGAUAUCUAGAAGCAAUCCAAUGCUAUGACGAAGCAAUCAAAAUCAAUCCAAAUAACGCAUUGUUUUACAAUAAAAAAGGCAACUCUUUUUAUGAUUUAGAAAGAUAUCUAGAUGCAAUCGAAUGCUAUGACCAAGCAAUCAAACUCAACCCAAAAAAUGUCUUUUUUUACAAUAAAAAAGGCAACGCUUUUUAUUAUUUAGGAAGAUAUCUAGAUGCAAUCGAAUGCUAUGACAAAGCAAUCAAGCUCAUCCCAAAUAAUGCUUUGUUUUACAAUAAAAAAGGCAAUGCUUUUUACGAAUUAAAAAGAUAUUUAGAUUCAAUCGAAUGCUAUGAUGAAGCAAUCAAACUCAGUCCAAACAAUGUUGAUUUUUACAGUAAAAAAGGCAAUGCUUUUUACGAAUUAAAAAAAUAUCUAGAUGUAAUCGAAUGUUAUGACGAAGCAAUCAAGCUCAAUCCAAGCAAUGCUGAUUUUUACUAUUAUAAAGGAAUUUCUCUUCAAAAAUUAGGAAGAGAUUCCGAAGCAGUAGAAUGCUAUGAUGAAUCAAUUAAACUUUUUUCAAACGAUGAACGUUUCUACCAUAAUAAAGGAUGUGCUUUAAAUGAAUUAGGAAGAUAUCCAGAUGCAUUAGAAAGCUAUGACAAAGCAAUCAAAAUCAAUCCAAAUAAUGCCAAGUAUUAUAAUGAUAAAAGCAAUACUCUUUAUGUUUUAGAGAGAUAUCAAGAAGCAAUGCAAUGCUAUGAUGAGGCAAUAAAGCUUGAAUCCAAUAAUCCUUUGCAUUUAUGCAACCGAGCUAGAGUAUUUAUUAAACUCAGACAAGAAGCAGCAGCUUUGCAGGACUUUAAUAGGGCUUAUAAUUUGAUGCAAGAAAAUCAAGAAGGUUGCGCUUUCACUGGGAAUGAAUGAAAACUUUCUGAAAAAGAUAUCAAUUUUAUUAAUGAUGUAUUAGGUCGAGACCGUAUUGAACUACUCCAAAAAAUGCAGAAAUAA